CACUGUUGAGUAGUGGUUUGUAACGUUGCCUCUCCACAUGCUAAGAGUGUUCUUUCUUUGCACUCAGAGUGUUAACGUUCCAGCCCACUGUGCACAUGCCUAAUGUCCAGCCUCUGGACCCGACCUAUCUGACCUCUCCUCUGACUGACUAUGCAGUUCUCUUUCAUCAGUCCCCACAGGCCAGCAUCCCAGCAGAGAUGCAGGGUCUGGAUUUGUUUUCCUUAAUACAAGCAGAUCAGCAUUACCACCCUCAAAUGUUUCUUGACAACUUGGCCAGCAGCAAGCAGAGCACAGCUGUUGCCAGCACAAGUGCCGCCCUGGUGUCCUCGAGCAGUCAUUACGAAUCCAGUGUCCAUGCUGCCGGCUCCCUCCAUGAAACCCGGGUCAUCACAGGAGGAGGCGGAGCCAGAGGCAGGAAUGACAACAUAAUUUCAGACAUUAUUUCACUUGACUGAGCCGCAGCUCACUUCAUAGACUGUAGAUCAUAAAUCGACGUAGCGUUCCUGUUUCUCGGCAAACCUCCAUGUUAAUCAUUUAAGCUGAAGUUGUCCUAUUAGAUAUCUGAAGAGUGACAGAAUCUUUUUCUUAAAGACUUUUGUUCUCAUAUUGUCUCCUACUGCCACUUGGUCUUCACUUUGUUUUGAUUGACAGGAAGGCUACUUCCAUAUAUUAUAUACAGUCUGUUGUCCCAGUGGGCCUUCUUGGGCCUGUUUUGUGGCCUUUUUAAUAUUCUGGGCUACACAUGUAAG